AUGAGCGCCGAUGUGCAGAACCGGCAAUCGAGCCUGCUCGGCCAAAGACCAAAGGCCAAACACAUCAGUCACCCCCAGUUCUCCCAUCAAGGCAUGAUCCUGGAGCAACUCCAGGCUCCCAAUGUACAGGCCAUCAUCCACACGAGACAUGCUUGCAGAAAGUCUGUGUGUGUGAGCAAAAAAAUCAUUUUCCGUGAUUCCUUCCCUUUUACGACGCUCACCUGCAACGGCAAGACGGUCGAGCUGUGGACCGCUACGGUCAAGAAUGGCGAUGUCUGCGAGGUGCCUGUUGAUACCCCGCUGGUGUUCUGGACCCGCUUCGAAUGCCGCUUGGAUGAUACUUUCCAAUUGGAUAUGACGGGUCAGAUGACACAGGCCUACCUCGAUGCUGGGUGCCAACUUCUCGGUUCGUCCAUGGCCCAGUUAGAACUGGAUUGCACCCGCCCCGUGCCGCUUGAUAAACAACUAGUCACCCUUCCCAAUGGCGGAUCCCCCUACAAUCUGGUUGGCAUCCGCGUGCGUGGACAUCGAAUCAAGGUCUUGACCUAUGCCAAUGUUUACGGUCUGGCUGAUUUGCAAACCCUGGACCUGUCCCACAACAAUCUGACAGCUCUCAGCGACUUUGCCCUGGAUAAUGCCUACGCUCUCGAAAAUCUCAACCUCUCGCAUAAUCAGCUAGGCCAUAUCAAUCGUGCCAAUCUGCCUUCAUUCGGUCGGCUCAAAGUGCUCGACGUCUCAAACAACCCGAUUCGCCUCCUGGACAGCUCUGCUUUUGAUGCAGCCUUCCCGCGGGAUUGUGCAAUGCGCAGCGUUGAGUUGGACCUUCUGCUUCCGUCUGAUGAGACUUGCCAAUGGUCCUUGCAACACGGCUGCUAUGGACCUGUCGUCUUUUCCGGCGACCCCAAUGCCUGCACCGUCUUCAACCGCACCAUCAGCAUUCCCUGCGAGCACGAUCGCACGCAAACAUUCAUGUCGUACCAACUGUGCGACGGUCAUGUUGAUUGUGACGAUGCUUCGGAUGAAUUCAUGUGUGAUCGCUACAACGUUGAUAUGAGCAGCAUUUACGUGCUGGGUGCAUGUACCGGAGACAGCAUCGAUAUUCACCACAUUCGUGGACGAAUAGCCGUCAUGCCCUCCAAUCUGGCCAUCGUAGCCAGCGGCUGCGUGAUUGCUUUCCAUCGGGCCCUCGCUUUCAGUACAUACAAUCCUGAACUCAACGCUACAGCAGAGCAGAUUGAGAUCGUGUGGAGCACAAAGUUUGCAGAGCUGACGGGUCUCAUCACGUUGAACCUCGCCCACUUUAUCACCUUUGCCUUGGUUGGCACAGGAGGUGACUACUACCAACCCAUGUACAUUUACCCGUGGGCACACGAGCUACUGGAGACAAGCGGCGUUGAUUAUGCAACCCAUUAUGCCAAAGUGCUAGCCAUGGACGAAACACAGGUAUAUGAGGUCGAGUCCAUGUCUACGUUGGCUCAGCGACUGGGCCAAACGACCCUGACAAAUACCGAUGCCAUCAUGAUUUGUGGCCAGAUUGCGUCUGCCUGCUCUUUUUUGGAAAGUCUGGGUGUGGUACACCGCAAUUUGGGUGCCCAUUCAGUUCUUUGUGCCCCUGACUUGAGCCGAGUCUUUCUUGGCAACUUUUGUAAGCUGGGCACGGUGCUGCAAGUCCUGGGUAUUGGUGUCAUGUACAUGCGAUUGAUCAACUCACAAUGUGAAGCUUCCUCCACAAACGUGACCAAGCGGUUCUGGUCUGCGGAGGUGUGGAGUGACCAGAUCUUUAGUACAAAGUCUGACGUCUACGCCUAUGGCCAGCUCUGCUGGCAAGUCUAUAACAAAGGUCAACUGCCCUACCCCGGCAUGUCGCUCCAGUCCAUUGCCCUCCACGUCCAACAGGGCACGCCGCCCUCUGUCCGUGCCAUUCCCAGCGAGCACGCGCGUCGCCUCAUCCUACAGUGCCUUCGUAUCAAGCCCGAGAGUCGCCCCAACUUUGCGACGCUGGCGGCCGCCUGGGCCAGUGCCAUCGAGGGCGACGAGUCGGGCGUGGCCGAGUUUGCCGGUGCCGAUUUCGACACUCGGAUCAUGCAACAUCUGAUGACGCUGCGAGAAGGCGGGAGCACACGGCAGGUGGCAGUCAAGCUGCUGCUGGAGGCGCAACAUCACAAGGAGUAUGUGGCCGAGGUGACCAUGCUGAGCAAGAUGCACCACCCAAAUCUGAUGGGUUUGGUGCACACGACCGUGACGGCGGAGGGCCACCCGGGGAUGGUACUGGAGUACAUGCCGCAGGGGAGUCUGGAGGGAUGGUUGCAGGCACGAGGCACCCGAGUCAGCCACGAGGACCUGCUGUUGAUUGCGCACCAGGUGGCCAUGGGAAUGAAUGAGCUGGCACGACUGGGCAUUGUGCAUCGCGAUCUGGCGGCACGGAACGUGUUGAUUGGGCGGUGCCUGAAUGUCAAAGUGGCAGACUUUGGCCUCUCCCGGGUGAUGCAGCUGGGUCGGGACGACUCGGAUGCCUACUACCGGAUCAAGACGCGACAGCCCAUGCCCUUGCGCUGGAUGGCCCCCGAGAGCAUCUUGUCGCGAAAGUGCGAUGUACGGAGUGAUGUGUGGAGCUAUGGAUGUCUGUGUGUUGAGAUGUGGAGCGGCGGCGAGCUGCCGUAUGCACGACUGAAGGAUGCCGAGGUGCUGGAGCGGCUGGUGGCGGCAUCGCAAGGACACCUGAAGGAUGGCGCCGUGGUGUUGGCAUCACCAUCACGGUGUCCGGCGGGCAUUUCCGACCUGAUCCAAUCGUGUUUGUGUAUCAACCCGGAGCUCCGGCUGGGCUUUACCUUGCUUGUUCAGCGCACCCGUCCCGAGGGCUGGCAUCGUCUGAUAUCCGGUGCCUUUCAAGCCAAUGCCAUCUUUGCGCUGGUUCAAGACGAUGCGGUUCUGCUAGAUCAUUAUAUCUUCGCUUUUUUCGCUUUAUUCCUUACCUCCGAAUUGAAAACCCUUCUACUGCGCUUUUCCAUGGACUGUGGCGUUGCCAGCCGUGGCACUGCCAACGACAUUCACUCCUCUGUGUACCACUGCCUUUUCCGUUACAAAGCAGUUCACACACACUCUCUCUCUCUCUCUCUUGACUCCUACGGAAAUUACGGAAAUGAUAAUUUCAUUGAUUUUAUGAGAGAUGAAGUCAUGUCAUUUCUGAUUGCAAACAUAUUAUGUUUUGUGCAUUUGACCGUUACGAUGGCUCUCUCGGGAUUGGAGGCCACCGAAUCUGUCUCGGACGAUUUCUUCGUCUUGUUCCCUUCUCCGGACGAGGUGUGUGCGGACACCCCUUCCGCUCCGAACGCCACGGUCCCAGGACUCAACGAUGGCCAGUCAAAGAAGACUAGGCGGCGGGCCAAGUCUCGCUCGCGUGCCAAACGCGAUAGCAGUGAUAUUGACUCGCGUGAAAAAGCGCAACGAUGGCUGGACUGGGAGGCUCGGAACAAGCGCCGUUGGAGAAGAGAACGACGACGCUCCAAAAAUGAUCGAGCACGUUUGCGUGAGGCGAUGGAGGUGAUCAAACAGCAGAGCGUAGCGCAAGCCGAGAUGAUGAAACAGCAGAGCGUAGCGUACGCCGAAAUGAUGAAAGAGGUUUUGGCGGAAAGCAUGAGCAUUGAACUCAAGGCUACGAUGUCAGGCAAGCAGGAUCGGGUUCGAACCGUAUCCAUCUGCUCCAAUGAUGUGCUCGACACUGACAUGGACAGCCUUAGCUUAACGCUCAUAGUCCUGCGAAACCCAAACCAGCGCCUCCUAGACAUGAACGCUUUGGGGGCCAAGUGUCUCCGCAACAAGCGACGCUUCCAUAGCGAAAAAGAUGAGUGGGCCAUUUCAUCACAUGUGCAUCAGCAUUUUCUCUCUCUCUCUCUGCUCGCUUCAGCUCUCUCUCUCUCUCUGCUCGCUUCAGCUCUCUCUCUCUCAAACUCUCUCAACUCUCUCAAACUCUCUCAAACGCUCUCAAACUCUCUCAAACUCUCUCUCACUUCUCUCUCUCUCUCUCUCUCUCUGAUGGGCGAAACCCGACCGAGCACCUUCCCUCAAGUGGGCGUGAAUCAAUUUCGGUUUUCCAAGCGCUUGCCCCACGUGACCGGCGGCCUUGGGCCUUCCUCCCAGCUACCAGAAUCAAGAAUGGGGAAAGGCAAGGCUGUGGUGACGCCGCUUCUGGCUGCCGUUCUUUUCGGCCUCUGGCACCAUGCCGCGUCCGACUGCCCUAUUCGGCUCUUGGGUUUUCGCGAUCACCUCAUUCCUGUAGAAUUUGGGCCCUUGAAAACCGACUGUGGCCGAUAUUGGGAAGAUUCCGUGCCUGUCGGCACUGUUUGCAGCUUUGACAAAAGCUAUCGCUACAUGUUCUGGACCCACUUUCGUUGCAUCGAAGACAGUACUUUUGUAUUGGAUGAAGCAGGCAAUAUGACAUCCCGUUUCGAGCAAGCGGGCUGCACAAUUCGAGGAAGCUUUGACGACGAGCCUGAGCUCAUUUGCCGCGGCGUACCGGGACAAGAGAACAUGCUUGAUCGCUUGGCUGAUGGUGGAGCACCGUCCAACCUUGUCGGGAUCGAGGCUACGCAUCACAAUAUUUCCUACGUGGCUCAUCACAAUGUUCACGGCUACGCCAAGCUGCGGUACCUAAACCUUGCCCACAACACGCUUAUGCUUGACCUCACCAACAACCCCGUCACCAAGAUGGACAUCAGCAUUUUUGACGCCUGCUUCCCACGCGACUGCCGUCAGCGCCCAGCAUACAUACUAAAAUUGCCUCAGUCAGAAACCUGUCAAUGGACCCUGCAGAACCGUUGCUAUGGGCCGAUCGAGGUGCAGGGUGCAACAAAUUCUAGCUGCCGAAUUUUGAACGCGAAUCGGGCACCUGCACCGUGCUUGAACGACCGCAGCGUCACCUUUGAGACUCAUCAGUUCUGCGAUGGCUAUCGACAUUGUGCGGAUGGGAGUGACGAGUUCAUGUGUGAACCACCCGCCAUUUACACCGAAGCAGCUUUGAUUGGAGCUUGCGUGAACAACUACCUCAAAUUCUUCUUCCUGCGUGGCCGCGCUAUAAUGCGAGCUGCCAACUUGGAUGCCGUUGCCGGCACGUGUGUCAACUCCCACUAUCGCCAGCUGCAAGUAUCUGGAUUUGAUCCCAUGGUCAAUGUAUCCAAAGACUACGUCCGCCUCGUGUGGAACAUUCAAAUCGAAGAAGCCGUUGACGUUCUGGCUCAUUUGACAGUGGAUUUAGAGCGCUAUGUACACGUCAUGCUUGGCGAAUUUGAUCUCGGCGAUGACAUCAUCAUCUACGCCAAUCAAACACAGCAGACUACGCGAGUCGGCAACACUCUAACCACGGCACCUUUGCCAGAGGGUAUCCCCUCCCGGUCCCACCGCGAUGAUAUCUUGCCUAUCGUGGGCGCGGUAGUCGGUACGAUGAUCGUGAUUGGGGCCAUCGUGGCUGUAUUUGCUUUUCGCAACAGGAGACGCCGUAUAGAUGGCUCUGCAAUAGAGAUGAAACCCAUUAGUAGCCUGCUUGUCAAGGGCCGAGACAUCUUCUGCAGCCUCUACAACAAAGCGGCGCGUGAUGAUGCAAAUCAGUUUGCUCGUAUGGAGCUGCUUGGAGCGGUGGAAGUCAUGCAGUGGAAAAUAUCUGAUCAACUCAACCAUGGUCACUUCAGCCACGCGACGUGCACCCUACAGCACGACCGGCAAUCGCGACACGCCAUCUGGAUAGGAAAUCAGCAGAUCCUGCAGCCGGGUGCUUGGGAAGCGGCGCUUGAUUUGGUGGUGGAGGCGCAUUUGCUCAACUGUCUUCAUCAACACCGCCACAUUCUCAACUUUGCUGGCUAUUCAACCAUGAAAGACGGUUUCAUUUUGAUCUACGAUAUGAGCAAUUACACCCAACUUGCCGAUGUUUUGCGGUUGGAUGCUCCAAACCCGAAAGAAUCUGCCCUUAUCUGCCAACGGGUCGCUGAAGCCUGUUCGUUUCUGGACAGUCUCGGCAUUGUUCAUCGGAACUUGGGUGCCCAUUCGGUUUUUUGUGUGGGAGAUAUUACCGAAGUCCGCCUUGCCAAUAUCACGACUGCGAGGGAUGUAUACUUGUCACAAGAGUAUGUGGCUCGUACGAUUGUCAAUGAAGCCACGAUGGCAUCAGCAACAGCCAUGGGCAGCUCAGACACUCACGAUGAGUUUUCAAAGCAACUAGCCAAGCGAUUCUGGUCUGCGGAGGUGUGGAGUGACCAGAUCUUUAGUACAAAGUCUGACGUCUACGCCUAUGGCCAGCUCUGCUGGCAAGUCUAUAACAAAGGUCAACUGCCCUACCCCGGCAUGUCGCUCCAGUCCAUUGCCCUCCACGUCCAACAGGGCACGCCACCCUCUGUUCGUGCCAUUCCCAGCGAGCACGCGCGUCGCCUCAUCCUACAGUGCCUUCGUAUCAAGCCCGAGAGUCGCCCCAACUUUGCGCUCGUUCCGGUGGCUGGACUCGAGGCCCUUCGCGUCUACACCAAGCUGGAUGACCAGGACCCCAUCAAGCUUCAAGAGGUGGAGCGCUGCUCCCUGGAUCGGCUCGAUGCCGUCAUGGCCCGAACGCGGCACAUCUUCCACGAGCAUCUUCAGAUGCCCGUGGCUCACACCCGUGUUGGCAACCAGGCCAGCAUUCUGGCUCCGUUUGCCAGCACAUCCCUCACAGAUUACCUUCAGCUUCACGCCAACAUGGACUUGGACACGGCGUUGGGCCUGUGCCGCAAUGCGCUGGAGGCUGUGGAGUAUCUGGCCUCGCGUCGUGUGCUGCUCGAGGACUUGAGGGUGGGGGACUUUCGAGUGACGCGCCAUGGGGUGCUGAAGCUUGACUAUGGUCGACAGUGGGGGCUGACAGGUUUGGGCGCAUCUGCCGAAGACAACGCGUCGAGACGUAGCGAUAGCGUGAGCACCGGUGGCGGCGGUGGCGGCGGCGGCGGUGGUGGUGCACUGGACGAGGUGGUGACGGUCAAGGCGGCGGGUCGGUUCUUGGUGGACCUGUGCGAGCUGGUGGCAGCUCUACGUGACCAGUCGGAGCUGCGCCAACUGGGCGAGGUGAUGCGGCGAGGACGGGUGAAGAAGUGCGGCGAUGGGCUGUUGGCGCUAUUGUCACUGGAUCGACAACGGCGUCUGGAGCUACCGUACGAGCAGCUGACGUUUGUGCGUGCGCUCGGCCAGGGCGAGUUUGGCCAGGUUUCGCUGAUGACGCUGCGAGAAGGCGGGAGCACACGGCAGGUGGCAGUCAAGCUGCUGCUGGAGGCGCAACAUCACAAGGAGUAUGUGGCCGAGGUGACCAUGCUGAGCAAGAUGCACCACCCAAAUCUGAUGGGUUUGGUGCACACGACCGUGACGGCGGAGGGCCACCCGGGGAUGGUACUGGAGUACAUGCCGCAGGGGAGUCUGGAGGGGUGGUUGCAGGCACGAGGCACCCGAGUCAGCCACGAGGACCUGUUGUUGAUUGCGCACCAGGUGGCCAUGGGAAUGAAUGAGCUGGCACGACUGGGCAUUGUGCAUCGCGAUCUGGCGGCACGGAACGUGUUGAUUGGGCGGUGCCUGAAUGUCAAAGUGGCAGACUUUGGCCUCUCCCGGGUGAUGCAGCUGGGUCGGGACGACUCGGAUGCCUACUACCGGAUCAAGACGCGACAGCCCAUGCCCUUGCGCUGGAUGGCCCCCGAGAGCAUCUUGUCGCGAAAGUGCGAUGUACGGAGUGAUGUGUGGAGCUAUGGAUGUCUGUGUGUUGAGAUGUGGAGCGGCGGCGAGUUGCCGUAUGCACGACUGAAGGAUGCCGAGGUGUUGGAGCGGCUGGUGGCGGCGUUGCAGGGGCAUCUGAAGGAUGGCGCCGUGGUGUUGGCAUCACCAUCACGGUGUCCCGCGGGCAUUUCCGACCUGAUCCAAUCGUGUUUGUGUAUCAACCCGGAGCUCCGGCUAGGCUUUGCCUUGCUGGUUCAGCGCACCCGUCCCGAGGCCUGGGUGCCUUUGAUUCAUGGCUCCGGGACAGUUUUUCAGCGAUCUGGCUCUCUCAGUGAAUCCCGCAUCUGA